AUGUCUCCACCAGUUACCUUUGAGCAGAACACUGUUAUUACCAUCUUCGGUGCCUCAGGAGAUCUCUCUAAAAAGAAAACAUUUCCAGCGCUUUUUGGGUUAUUUAGGCAGGGAUAUUUAGAUGCGUCUACGAAGAUUAUAGGCUAUUCACGUUCUGAAUUAAGUGAUGAUGACUUGCGGUCUAGGGUGAGACCAUUUUUGAAGAAGCCUCAUGGUGAAGUCGAUGAUGCUAAGGAGGCUCAGUUUUUGAGCAAUAUUUCUUAUAUUUCGGGCUCUUACGAUGGUGAGGAGGGGUAUCUUAAGUUGCUCAAGGCAAUUGAGGAGUUUGAGAAGGAACGUCAGGUUAAACAACCCCAUCGGUUGUUUUAUUUAGCCUUGCCACCUACUGCGUUUACGACUGUUGCUGAGAAGAUCAAGAAGUUGGUAUAUGCAGAGAAUGGUAUUACUAGAGUGAUUGUUGAAAAGCCCUUUGGGCAUGACUUAGAAUCUUCUAGAGAAUUGCAAUCCAAGUUGGCGCCGUUGUUUCGGGAAGAGGAAUUGUUCAGAAUUGAUCACUAUCUGGGCAAAGAAAUGGUUAAAAAUUUGUUAGCUUUGAGAUUUGGCAAUGUCUUCUUCGAUGCGGCUUGGAAUAAGGACCACAUCCAAAUGAUUCAAGUUUCCUUCAAGGAACCAUUUGGUACCGAGGGUCGAGGUGGCUAUUUUGACUCCAUUGGAAUCAUCAGAGAUGUUAUUCAAAACCACAUGCUACAGAUAUUAACGUUACUGACGAUGGAAAGACCACAGUCCUUCGACCCAGAAGACGUGCGUGAUGAAAAGGUUAAGGUUUUGAAGACGUUUGCCCCAAUUGAUCAAAAUGAUAUUUUACUUGGUCAGUAUGGUCGUUCAGAAGAUGGAACAAAACCUUCAUACUUGGAUGACUCUACCGUGUCGCAAGACUCUAAAUGUGUUACAUUUGCUGCUUUAGGUUUUAAGAUUGAAAAUGAACGCUGGGAUGGCGUUCCAAUAGUUAUGAGAGCAGGGAAGGCUCUAAAUGAGGGUAAAGUAGAAAUCAGAGUCUUGUUUAAAGGCGUAAGUUCUGGAAUUUUCAAUGAUAUGCCAAAUAACGAGUUAGUGAUUAGAGUUCAGCCAAACGAAGCCAUAUAUUUGAAAUUCAACGCAAAAACGCCGGGUUUAGAAACACAGUCCCAAUUAACAGAUCUAGACCUAACCUAUGCUAAAAGGUAUAAAAACUACUGGAUCCCUGAAGCUUAUGAAUCAUUAAUUAGAGACGCCUUGCACGGCGAUCAUUCUAAUUUUGUUAGAGAUGAUGAAUUAGAUGUUAGUUGGGAGCUGUUCACUCCACUAUUGAGAUACGUGGAAAGUGAAGACGCUCCAAGCCCUGAAAUAUAUCCAUAUGGUUCUAGGGGACCCAAAGACUUGACUAAAUAUCUGGAACGUCAUCACUAUGUGUUCCAAAAACAAGGUAGUUAUCAGUGGCCUGUAACUUCACCUUCUGAUGACUCAGCUAAUUUGACUCCGAACCUAUAG